CACUAUUGCAACUGGCCCUUCAUUCAUUCAUAGCCAUCAUUCCAUCGUUCCAGUAUAUAUUUAUGUAUAUUUUGGUAUUGUCAGUAUAGUUUAUCGAUGUCAUCAGAAAAUCUGAUUGGUAUUCGGGCUAUCCUACUGUAAGCAUGUAUUAAUGAGGAAGACAAUGUAUGGCAAAUAUGUCGUACAUAAUCUUAAGGAGUCGGAAGUCUGUUCAUUGAGUGAUAAAUGUACUAAACACCAUGCAUUAGAUGUUUUCCCUAGUUGCAUCUAUAGCUCAAUGCGUGUGAAUUGUGGUAUUGAAUYGAUACUCUACAGCUCUCAGAAGGAGAAACAAGAGUUUUGAGCGUAAUCUCCUUUUGCUGUACUAGUUUAAGAUGGGUGAAACAGGUCAGUGUUUUGUAUUCUGUACAAGUGAUCUGGGAAAGUUAUCGGAUUCAUUACAAUUCCACUCUGGUCACGAAACAGAAGUUGGUUCACCACUAUCAUCUCCUAGAAGACCUUUCGGUUUACCAAGUACAUUACCAGCAUCAGAACGAAGUCUAAACGCUGUUGAUAAAAAGGAGAAAAAUGAUAGACGCAGACUAUCUCCAAAACCAUCGAAAAGAACCAGGAAAAUGUCGUUAUUUUCUCAAUUUCAUUUUAUAAACGCCCGCUCUGAUGACAAACAUGGAAAGUCCAAAAAGAUAUCAGCACCUACAAUUUCAUCUCUCGUACCAUGCUCUACUCUACCUCUAGGUUAUUCAGAUGAUAUUCUACCCGAUCUUAGCUCUGAUUCAUCAACGAGUAGUGUGCAGAGUAUUCAAAGCUCGWCGAGUCUUCCUGUUCAACUGACUGUCGAAAGUCCUUCUUACUUCAAAAGGAAGAAAUCUACAGGUAAUUGCCCGGCAAGUAACGUGACGACUAGUGAAAAAGAAACCGCGACUGUUCGCGACAUGAUACUUGAAACGCUGACAUUACAGUUUGAAAAUGUCACGGAGUACAAACGAGAGAUUUGUGACAAGCUUGGAAAAAACGUCAGUGAACUUGUACGACGACGUGUUGAGAUAAUGAAGGAAGGGAMUGGUCAGCAAUGUAAGGUUGUUACAUUAGUGUAUGUAGGUGCAGUGCGUGACAAYGGCAUAGAUGUCACAACACAAGCUCUCCUUGAUACCUACAAAGAUUUGUUUACAGCUGCGAGUUAUCGAAAUGGUCACGUAUUUGCCAUGGCCGCCGCAAUGGUUAUMAGCCUCGACUGAUAACGAUUUGUGUCACUGUACCGAAUASUUGACUUCUAAAAUCGUUAUUAAGAGUGAUAAGAAAAGCUUGAGAGCGGACUGAUAAUCCUAGGAUUGUGAWUGGACGUUGAUUGGUAUACAAGUCACAGUGAAAGAAGCCAUGUUUAUCAUUUCRACAUGGUAUUUAGAAUAGCUAUCUGGCGUAAAGCAUCAUUCAGUGUCCGUCACGACAUGACCCAAGUCUUUCUUGGAUUUUGGUUAUCAUAGGUCGGGUUCCUUGURGAACUGAGUGUCGACGGGAAUGCAGUCUUUAUAUUAUAUAUUUUUAAAGUCGUAUCUAUUUUCAAUUYCUAAGUUGGGGAAAUAUGAUAACGUCUUUUAAAUUUAAGCAUAUAUGGUUUAUUAAGUAAUAAAAGGAAGAAGCAAAGAAAAAAAUAGUAAUAAUCUGCAGAAAACAUUUUCAAUUCAUCUGACAUGUGGGUUUSAAGAUUUGAAGCCGAACUCUCAAUGCACAACUAGCGUCAAUAAGAACACACCGCCAUUUUGUUUAGCGCAGUCGUAGCUCUAACAGUUCUUAAAAUUCUAGUCAAGACGGAAAUGGAAUGGAAAGGAUUAGAAUAAACAAUCAMSUWACACAUACAACUACUUCAGUGUAAAAACCUACUUCCAAAACGUUGUCAAAAAAACAGUACAUUUGUCUUUAGUAAAAAGGAAUACAUUAAAAUUACAAAAGAAA